GUCGUGGUAAUCAUUAGUUCCAGGGUGUUCUGCCAUGUUGACGCAAGCUGCUCUAAGGCUUGUUAGGGGGUCCCUGCGCCAAACCUCCUGGGCAGAGUGGGGUCAGAGGGAACUUCGACUGGGCCAACUUGCUCCUUUCACAGCGCUUCAAAAGGACAAGCCACUUUCUGAUAAGAGAAGUGAGCUAAAGAGACGCCUAAAAGCUGAGAAGAAAGUGGCAGAGAAGGAGGCCAAACAGAAAGAGCUCAGUGAGAAACAGCUAAGCCAGGCCACUGUUGCUGCCACCAAUCACACCACUGACAAUGAUGUUGGUGCUGAGGAGGAGAGCCUGGACCCAAAUCAAUACUACAAGAUCCGAAGUCAAGCAGUCCAACAGCUGAAGGUCAGUGGGGAGGAUCCAUACCCACACAAGUUCCAUGUAGACAUCUCACUCACUCACUUCAUCCAAGAAUACAGUCACCUACAGCCUGGAGACCACCUAACUGACAUCACCUUAAAAGUGGCAGGUAGGAUCCAUGCCAAAAGAGCUUCUGGGGGAAAGCUCAUCUUCUAUGACCUUCGGGGAGAGGGAGUCAAGCUACAAGUCAUGGCCAAUUCCAGGAAUUAUAAAUCAGAGGAAGAGUUUAUUCGUAUCAACAACAAACUGCGUCGAGGAGACAUCAUUGGUGUUCAGGGGAAUCCUGGCAAAACCAAGAAGGGUGAGCUGAGCAUCAUCCCUUAUGAAAUCACACUGCUGUCUCCAUGCUUGCACAUGUUACCUCAUCUGCACUUUGGCCUCAAAGACAAGGAAACAAGGUAUCGUCAGAGAUACUUGGAUUUGAUCCUGAAUGACUUUGUGAGGCAGAAAUUUAUCAUCCGCUCUAAGAUCAUCACAUAUAUAAGAAGUUUCUUGGAUGAGCUGGGAUUCCUAGAGAUUGAAACUCCCAUGAUGAAUGUCAUCCCAGGGGGAGCUGUGGCCAAGCCUUUCAUCACGUACCACAACGAGCUAGACAUGAACUUAUAUAUGAGAAUUGCUCCAGAACUCUACCAUAAGAUGCUGGUGGUUGGUGGCAUUGACCGGGUUUAUGAAAUUGGACGCCAAUUUCGGAAUGAAGGCAUUGAUUUGACUCACAAUCCUGAAUUCACCACCUGUGAGUUUUACAUGGCCUAUGCAGACUAUCAUGAUCUCAUGGAAAUCACAGAGAAGAUGAUUUCAGGAAUGGUGAAAAACAUUACAGGCAGUUACAAGAUUGCCUACCACCCAGAUGGCCCAGAGGGCCAAGCCUAUGAGAUUGAUUUCACCCCACCCUUCCGGAGAAUCAACAUGGUAGAAGAGCUUGAGAAAGCCCUGGGGGUGAAGCUGCCAGAGACUAAACUCUUUGAAACUGAAGAAACUCGCAAGAUUCUUGAUGACAUCUGUGUGGCAAAAGCUGUCGAAUGUCCUCCACCUCGGACCACAGCCAGGCUCCUUGAUAAGCUCGUUGGGGAGUUCCUGGAAGUGACAUGCAUCAAUCCUACAUUCAUCUGUGAUCACCCGCAGAUAAUGAGCCCUUUGGCUAAAUGGCACCGCUCCAAAGAGGGUCUGACAGAGCGCUUUGAGCUUUUUGUUAUGAAGAAGGAAAUUUGCAAUGCCUACACUGAACUGAACGAUCCUGUGCGACAGCGGCAGCUGUUUGAAGAACAGGCCAAGGCCAAAGCUGCUGGUGAUGAUGAGGCCAUGUUCAUAGAUGAAAACUUCUGUACUGCCUGGAGUAUGGGCUGCCCCCGACAGCUGGCUGGGCAUGGGCAUUGACCGUGGUUG